AUGUCUUCUGGAAAAUACUUGUAUCGAAUUCUUAGAGAUGAUGAAGAAUCGCUAACUGGACUCUCUGCACGAAAUCCCGAAAUGACCAAUGUCACGGUAUCAGCCCAUGUAAACGGAUUAAAGAAAUCCCCGAACAUCUCAACAUCUGCGUCAAAAAAAGCGUUGAGAGCGUAUGCUAACUUUCGUAUGGCAGUACAGAACAGUCAAAGGGAACAGCAGAAUAACGGACCAGCAGUUAAAGAUGAACAUUUCACCGCGGUUGAAAUAAAUAAAGAUCAAUUAAUUAUGGAUAAAGGUAAAGAGAUACAAAUAUUUGACUUGUCAAGAGAUGAAGAGCGUGACAAAUACUUAACUGACGGUCAGAAACAGUUUGCAGCAAAGUAUGAAGAGGUUCUUAUCAUGGGUUUUGUUCCAGCAGAAUAUGUCAAAGUUAUUGAUGUGAAGGUAAUGUCUGAUGAUGAAUUUAUACAGUACAGUAACAAAACUGAUUUCGAGACGGAAUUAAUAGCUGGCAAUGCAUGCCAACUCAAUGUAAAGAAUCUAUAA